AUGGCUAGUGGUGAUCAAUAUAGUACAGGUAAAACAGAGGCUUCUUUGGCACAGGAGAGUUCUAUAAAUGAUGCCUAUUCUGCACCUGAAUCACGAUUCGAGUGUCCUAUUUGCUUAGCCUGGUUGAGAGAUCCAGUUUUAACUUCCUGUGGUCAUCGUUUUUGCAGAAGUUGUAUAUAUUCUUGGUUAGAAAGAGAAAGUGCUUGUCCUGUUGACAACAUGAAACUGAAGAAGGAAGAUAUAUUCCCAGAUAAUUUUACAAGGCGAGAAAUCUCACAGCAGAGGACCAAAUGCCCAAAUAUAGUACGUGGUUGUCUAGUUGAACUUUCUCCUUUAGAUGUUGAGUCACAUUUGUUGGUUUGUGAAUACAAAACACCAGAGCUGCCUGAUAAUGAGAAACUUCGUUGUUCCUUUGUUGAUGUGGGUUGUGAUGAAAAAUUUGAAGAUGAACCUGAAUUACAAAGGCACCUGGAGCAGCAUAUUCAGAAGCACUUGACAUUGCUCUCUCAAGCAUAUUCAAAAAUGACAGCAAACAGUAAUGCAGUUGCAAGUUCUUCUGGUAUAGCUCAGCAAGCUAAUUUUUGGGACCCUCCUGCCAAAAAUGAAACCCCCUCUGGUAUACUAGAUGAUAAUCUCCAAAGCUUGCUAAGAGCACUAUAUGAAAAAAUUGUAUUUCUGGAACAGAAAUCUAGGGAGCAAGACAUUAUCAUAGCCAAUAUGUCUGAGCAAAUUUCUUCAAAUAAUCUGUCCAUGUCAAAAUUGCAUCAUAGAUAUUGCAAUGGUUCAUUCUUGUGGUAUUUCAAUGACUUCAAAAACAAAAUAAAUGCAAUGAGAGAGAAUCCUCAUCUGAUGCAUUACAGUACUGGAUUCUAUACUUCUGUGAAUGGUUACAAGUUAUGUGUGAGACUGAAUUUAUCUCCCAAAGACAACAAUUAUCUGGCAAUUUUGAUACAUGUCAUGAAAACUGAUCAUGACCAAACUCUAGAUUGGCCUUUCAGUGGACGGCUGACAAUAGCUUUGAUUCAUCCAAUGCUAUCCUAUAAAACUAUUAAAGAAACCAUGAUGACACGUCCAGAAUUAGAUGCAUUUAAACGCCCUGUACAAGAUUUGAACCCAAAGGGUUUUGGAUAUACUGAAUUUGCCCUCUUAGAGGAACUGAUAGACCAAGACUUCAUUCACAACAAUCAGUUGCUGAUCAAAGUUCAAGCCCAACCUGUAUAG